AUGAAUGCUUCGCCAAAUGAUCCCGAAAAGAAUAGAGAACAACUCAGUAGUAGCAUCAAAUGCUUAAACCGAUCAAGUCAGCUAUUCUUUCUUGCGUUUUUUGUUAGUGGAAUAUGGAAUGCAGUCAUCGCUUCAAGAGCGAUUAGCGACUUUUAUGUUUUCAUUGCCGGAGAUCUUAAUUUUAAGAUUUUAAUUGCAUUAUCAGUACUAUCUUUUGGCGUUAUCUUCGUUUUCUUUUUCUUAUUAGCAAUGUUAUAUUUCUUAGGUUUCGCCUUUAAAUUUCAUACAUGCCUUGCAACACUUACUGUUAUGACCGUCGUCACAGCUAUGAUGCUAAUGUGUUUCGAUAUUUAUCUAGCUAGACCAGCAAAUGUGAAAAAGUAUAAAAAAUUAACAAAAACACUUCUACAAGAGGAGCCAAAUAAUAUAAAUCUUACUCAGUGGAAGAAAUUCGUAAAUUGCGAAUCAUAUGAUUCCUGCCUUUCAAAAGUUGAUUCUUAUUUUGAUCUUAACACUCUUGGACAACUUAUAGUUUCUGCAACAGUACUAGUUCUCAUUUGCAUUGGUAUUUCGGGUAUUGUUUAUGCUUCAUGUUACAUGAAAUAUAUUGAACGACCUGCAGAGUCGGAUGAAGCUGCGGCUGCUCCAUGA